AGUGAAGAAGAAGAAGAAGAGGUUAUGACCCGAAUUUCACUUAUCUAAAUGUUAAAGAUAUUCGACGAUGGUGUUUACUUACAUGGCGGGGGUUUGAUUACUUUAGUACUUAACAAUGGUAUAAAAACUUGUUCCCUUGAAGGUCUAGAUCCAGAAGAUCUCUGUGUUUAAGAUGAAUGUGAUCGUAUUUGUGAUUUCGUGUUUUGUUGCGAUCGCACAUUGCCGGCCGCAAUAUCAUUAUAACGUACCCUCAGGUGGAGGCGGCGGUGGAAGCUUUAUUACGGGUGGUAGCGGAGGAGGCGGUUUCGUAUCGGGUGGCGGUGGCGGAGGGAGUUUCGUAUCGGGCGGCGGUGGCGGAGGGAGUUUCGUAUCAGGUGGCGGCGGUGGGGGUUUUAGUGAUGGUGGUGCCAUAGUACAUAAGCACGUCUACGUUCAUGUAGCGCCACCGGACCCGGAGGAAUUUCACCCGCAGCGCCCGAUAAGCGUCGGCCAGUCUUCGAAGCAUUACAAAAUUAUAUUCAUCAAGGCGCCCACGUAUCCCACCCCGACAGCUCAGCAGAUCGCCCUACAAGCGCAAAACCAAGAAAAAACGCUGAUCUACGUUCUGGUGAAGAAACCGGAUGAAGUGGCGGAUAUCGCAAUUCCAUCGCUUCCACCCGUACAGCCUUCAAAACCAGAAGUCUACUUCAUUCGGUACAAGACGCAAAAGCAAGGAGGUGUUGGCGGUGUAGGUAUUGGUGGAGGUGGCGGUUUGGGUGUGGAUAUCACCGCACCAAUUCCUGGAGGAAUCUCUGGCGGUGGAAGUGUUACGGGCGGAAGCUUUUCAGGUGCAGUUAGUGGUGGUGGAAUAUCCGUUGGAAGCAUUUCAGGAGGAGGAGGAGGUAGCGUUGGUGUUAGUGGCGGAGGUCUUUCGUCAAGCUAUGGCCCGCCGGGACAAAGUGGCCCUUAUUAACAUUCACGCAAUGUAAUUUUUGUUUUGUUAUAAAUAGUACCUAAGUUUUCUUUCCUACGGUGACAAAUGUAGAUUUGUAGAUCUUAUUAGAAUAUAAGUUUCGACUGCAAUUGUUAAAGGUAUGCUUGAUAACAACCCCCAUAUCAUUUCAUUUUUUUCCAUUGUUGUUAUAAAGGCUCAUUUGAUAAAUGUUA